AUGCCAAAAUUGGUUUUGGCUACGGAUAUGUCUAAACAUAUGAGCCUUCUAGCCGACUUAAAAACUAUGGUAGAAGCAAAAAAAGUUGCGGGUUCAUCUGUGCUCACUUUAGAAAAAUAUUCGGAUCGAAUACAGGUAUUACAAUCAAUGAUUCACCUCGCUGACCUUUCAAACCCAACGAAGCCGAUUGAUUUAUACCGUAGCUGGAAUCAAAGAAUUAUGGAAGAAUAUUGGCGACAAGGUGAUCGAGAGAAGGAUCUCGGUCUUGACUUGUCACCAAUGUGCGAUCGUUAUAACGUUACUCUAGAGAAAUCUCAGGUUGGAUUCAUCGACUUCAUUGUGCAUCCAAUAUUUGAAACUUGGGCUGACCUUGUUGUUCCACAUGCUCAACAUAUUUUAGAUCAACUGGAAGUUAAUCGAGAAUGGUACCAAGAAAGGAUCCCCGAAGAGCAGCAGGAUGCAAGGAACAAUGAAGGUAAUGAUACACGCAGUGGUGGUGACUCUCCCGACGAAACUUAG